CCGGACGUACUCGUGUUUUGUUGCUAAAUAAGCUGCUGGAGUGACCUCUGUGCGGUUGUUAUACGUGGUCGUGAUCUGUUAAUAUUAUCUUUGUACAAGCAACCGAUUCUGGAGGCUAGCGCUGUAGCUAACCGUGGAAUAACAUUAAGUAUAUAUAUAUAGGUUGCUCGUAGUCGUUACCAGUAACAAAAUGCUAAAUAAAAAAUCGACUAGUAGGGAAAAGAAGAGGAAAAAUGCACAUUCGGAAGAGCAGCAUGUUGACAGAAGACGAAAGUGUACAGAAUCAAGCGUGGAGGACUCGAAGUGUGAACAUGCAGAUCAGGAGUUGGACGAGCCUGGCAGCAACACUGAGGAGGGAGGACUGGACCUUAGUGUGCCCUUUAAACCCAUCAGUGCUUAUGUGACAGACCGGCGCGAGAUGUUGGACCAGUGCUUCCGUGUGCUGGGAGAGAGCAAGCUGCAAACGAUGCUGCCCGAUGAACUCAAGAGCUGUAGCCUGGACGAGAUCAAGACGUUGUGUCAGGAGCAACUGGAGCAGCUGUCUCAAAGCCACCUUCUCCAGAUCCUUGAGGGUCGAGAGUUGACGGGGUCAUCUGGAGAAGAAGGGAGGAAGAAAACAGGAUCCAUUGACAGCCAGCAGGACAAUAAUGUGGAUUCCACAUCGUCCCUCAAAGAGAGCCCUGAAGUGGAGGAUCUUAAGCAAGCUGACUGCCAUGUCACUCUGUCAGCAGAGGGCGGGGUCUCUGAGGAGAGCGACGUCCUCAGCAUCAACGCCGACACUUACGACAGCGACAUCGAGGGCCACAAAGACGAGCCGCCGGAGAAGGCCGAGGAAGCUGCUCGGGCGGCGGAAGCGACCGCCGCGGCCGGCGUCUUUCCCGCCCGGACCGGAGUCCCCGCCGCCUCGGAACCCGCUGCGGACAAGCCCUCGGAACCCGCUGCGGACAAGCCCUCGGAACCCAAGAAAGAGCUGCAGAAGGACAUAGACAGAAGCGUCAGCGAGAUCCUGGCAUUAGCAACGACGCCAAACCCAGAAGAGGCGGAGACGCGGACGUUUCCACCAUUAUCCGCGGCUCCAGAGGUGCCCUUGUUGCUGAUGAGUGUCCCCGCGCCAAGUGCACCUGUCCCCAGCCCGGCACCAGGCUUAAGUCAGCCUUCGGCUCAGCAGCUGGAGCUUCUGGAGCUUGAAAUGAGAGCAAGAGCUAUUAAAGCUCUGAUGAAAGCAAACGAUGUGAAGAAACGGGCCUGAAAAGGAGUAGGCUCUUUAAGACUGGUUAUUUAAGAUUUCUGAAGGUUUAAUUUUCAAUCUGGGUAUUGUUUAGGAGUCACCUGUUCUUGUUUUAAGGAUUACUGAGUAAAGUUAAAUUCCCCCCCCCCUCUACGCAGCAAGCUUUGUACUUAUUAAGAGAAAAAACACGUUUUGCAUUGAAUUCUCUAUCGGAUACCGUGCCUAAUGAAGCUCCUCCAGCUGCCAGAUCUUGCUGUCUUAAUCUAAAAUACAAGUUUUUCUAGUUGUCUGGAUUUAUUACCACAAAAAGAAAUGAUAGAUAACACUGACUGAAAGAAAAGCAAUAUCCCCUAUUUACUCAGUUGUUAAAAUACAAUUAAACAAGAGUCAUAGCUGUGAAUGCAUUAUCUCCGAGGUGUAUCUGCAUUAUCUCCGAGGUGUAAAGACAUGCCAGUCAGAUGUAUUUUGUAUUUUUUUUUUCUAUU